CAUUCCUAGUACAAAAAUAGAAUCAAACGGUUGAUUCUAAUAACAAUAUCUAAUUUCACAAAAUGGACUUCCCAUUAUCAAAUCUCCUCAUUUUCCUUUUGCUUUUCUCAACCCGUGCCUCGCCGGAAUAUAUCCGUCCGAGUCCCCGGCCGCUUAUUUUCCAGCAACACGACCAGCCGGAAUCCGACCCCCAGCAGGUGCACGUCUCACUCGCCGGAAAGGACCAUAUACGAGUGUCGUGGAUCACUACCGACAAAAAAGUUCCGUCGGUGGUCGAUUACGGGACUUUGCCGGAGAAACUCGACGGCUCGGCUUCCGGCGAGAGCACUUCGUAUAGUUACUUCCUUUACCGUUCGGGUAAAAUUCACCACGUGAAAAUCGGGCCUUUGGAGCCGGGCACAAUUUAUUACUAUAGAUGUGGCGGUUAUGGCCCGGAGCUCAGCUUCCGGACGCCGCCGGCGGAUUUUCCGGUGGAAUUCGCUGUCGCCGGUGACCUUGGACAAACAGAAUGGACUCAAUCAACUUUAUCCCACAUCGGUGCUAGGGACUAUGAUGUUCUCCUUCUUCCAGGGGAUUUAUCCUAUGCGGACACACAACAGCCCUUAUGGGACUCAUUUGGGCGCCUGGUCGAGCCCUACGCCAGCGCUCGUCCGUGGAUGGUCACACAAGGGAACCACGAGAUCGAAAUUUUCCCCAUCAUUCACCCGCACGGCUUCAAGGCUUACAAUGCUAGGUGGUUGAUGCCCUAUCAUGAAAGCGGGUCCACGUCGAACCUCUACUACUCGUUCGACGUAGCACGGGCCCAUGUCAUCAUGCUCGGUUCUUACGCGGACUUCGAUUCAGAUUCAGAUCAGUACAAGUGGUUGCAGUCAGAUCUGGCGAGCAUCGAUAGGGCCAUCACGCCUUGGGUUUUGGUGCUAGUCCACGUGCCGUGGUACAAUUCGAAUUCCGCGCAUAAGGGAGAGGGUGAAGAUAUGAGGAAAGCCAUGGAGCGAAUGUUGUACGAUGCGCGUGUGGACGUGGUGUUUGCAGGGCAUGUUCAUGCGUACGAAAGAUUUGGAUUCGGUAAUAUGAUUCGCGUACGUAAAGUUUGUCUGAGAAUGUCGGUUAUUGAAUUUGUUUCGACGUUAGACCAGGGUGUACGACAACAAGGCGAACGAAUGUGGUCCGAUGCAUGUUACCAUUGGGGAUGGAGGAAACCGAGAAGGUUUGAGAGCCCUAGUCCUUCAAUAUCGGUUUACAAAGAAGCGAGCUUCGGGCACGGGCGACUGAGAGUAUUCAAUAGCACACAUGCUCAUUGGACGUGGCAUAGGAACGAAGACGACAUGAACUCGAUCGUAGCCGAUGAGAUUUGGUUAGAGAGAUUGGCCUCGUCAUCUGUUUGCAAGGAUGCUAGUAAGCCAGCGAAAAUUCCAAAUGAUGAAUUAUAAUGUACGUAUGAGAUUUUAUUAAUGUGGAAAAAGUUAGAAAAGUAUACACGACCAAGUUCAAAGUCUUGCAAUUUAUUUUACAGAAAGUGGUGUUAGUAAUCAUUUGUUUGUUAGCGAUUUUGAUGCUAAUUUAGAGUAUUG